GCCAGCUCUGGAGCUAUCAUCAGCAGUGGUGACUGAUGAAGCCUCAGCAGCAGCAGCCGCCUGGAGACCAUUGAGAAAAGACAUCGUUUUUAGUGUGACCUCAGCUCACCCACUCUCAGCAGCGGUUAUCGAGAGCUCUCAGUGUCACAGCUGUACGAGAGGAGGAAGUGCAAAAAUAAAAGAACAGGAGGGGGGUGAUGGGGAUGAAGCGAAGACAGGCGAUGGGAGACUCUCAGAGAAGAUGAAUGGAAGAAACAGAAGAAUGAUGAUGAUGGUGGUGGUGAAUGUUUUUCUGCUCCUCGUGUUGUCAGCCGUCCCAGCAUGGAGCCAAGCCGUGCUGGAUGUGUGCGCAACCUGCCAUCCUAACGCCACAUGUGAGGACAAGUCAGACGGCUCUGGAAAAGUCUGCAACUGCAACUACGGCUUUGUUGGAAAUGGGAGAACCCACUGUCAAGAUAAAGACGAGUGUCAGAUAGGAGCCAGUAAGAUCUGUGGGCAACACACCACCUGCCACAACACGUAUGGCAGCUACUACUGCACCUGCCUGUCUGGCUACAGCCCGUCUAACAACAUGGCUGUCUUCAUCCCAAACGACGGAACCCACUGCCGAGAUGUUGACGAGUGCAGGGUCACAGGGUUAUGUGGAGAGGGAGGUCAGUGUAGAAACCUGGAGGGCAGCUUCGACUGCAGCUGCCAGGUUGGAUACAGAGUCCACAAUGGAGCCGAGCCUUUUCGUCCGCAGAGAGGCGGAGCUGCCUGCAAAGUGGUCGACUGUGGUCCGCCUGUCCCGGUGGAAGACUCGGUCCUCCUGUCCAUCACAGUCACCACGUACGGUGGGGUUGCCAGGUUUGGCUGUGAGGAAGGCUUUGUGUGGCGGAGGGGAGACAACAGCUCUGUGUGUGGAGCGGACGGAUCGUGGAGCGAGCCCAGCCUGGUCUGUGAAGAGAUCUUGUGUGGGAAUCCUCCUUUGAUUGAAUUCACAGAGCAGGUGUGGAGCAGCAGUUCGUCCCCCGGCAGCACAGUGCUGUACCUCUGUACAGAAGGCUUUCAUAGUAACGGAGGGCAUAAUGUUACAGUCUGUGGUAAAAACGGACAGUGGACAUCUCCAACUUUGUCAUGCCAAGAGACUCUGUGUGGAGAUCCACCUGAGGUGCCCCACACUGUGCAGGUGUGGGACGGCAGCUUCACCCCUGGAAGCACAGCAGCUUAUUACUGUAACCUAGGAUUUUAUCAUCGUGAAGGUAGCAAUGUGUCAGUGUGUGCAGAUAACGGUUACUGGACAGUGCCUGGCAUUCUCUGCAAAGAGGUUGACUGUGGAGAGCCCACAUCCAUCCCUCACGCUGUAAUGGAGUGGGAUAACAUUUCCACUGUGGGCUCUAAGGUUGUUUAUAGGUGUGACCGUGGAUUUGUCAAUAUUGGCGAAGGAAAUGUAUCAGUUUGUACAGCCAGUGGAGGAUGGGACGCACCCUCUCUGUCCUGCCAAGAAAUCAGCUGCAGGAACCCUCCUGUAAUAGAGCACGCUAACAUGCAGUGGGACGGGACGCCACACGGUGGCACUGUGGUGUAUUACCAAUGUGAGGAAGGAUAUUACACCCGAGGCCCGAGAAACUACUCAGAGUGUGGAGAGAAUGGAUUAUGGGAGGAUGUUGAUCUGUCAUGUGAAGAAGUAAACUGCGGCCCCCCAACAUGUCUCCCCAACACUAACCUGCUGUGGGAUGGCAGCAGCACACCGGGCAGCGUGGCGCGGUGUGAGUGUGUGGACGGGUUUUACCAAGAGAGUGGAAACGAUUUGUCAACAUGUUCUCUGUCAGGAGUGUGGGGGGAAGUAUCUGUAAAAUGCAAAGCUAAAUGCGGCCCUGUUCCCUUCCUGGCCCACUCGGAGGUGGUGUGGCACAAUAGAAGUGUUGUGAUCCACCGCUGUGCGGCGGGAUAUCACAGCUGGAGGGGCGCCAACGCGUCCGUGUGCGGCGGCUCCGGACUGUGGGUGAGAGCUACCCUCAACUGUAUCGAAAUCAAGCCGCCUGUUAACCAGCUGACACUUUACAAUGGAAACUGUCUGAAGUGGAAGGCAGAGAAGUACGAGGAAGAUACAGAACUUUAUAAGGUGGUUUAUUUGGGAUCCAGAGACUACCAGAGGUCGUUUCUAGACAAAGGACGCCGUUUGCUGAGCUCCAGAGACGAUUGGCUGAUAAUCUGCCUGCGACUGCUUCCAUUAACAAACUACAGCAUUUCCAUUACUGCAGUAGCUGCCAGAUUCACAGCCACCAUCACAGCCAACACCAGUUUAACAGUACCUCCAGCACCAGUUGUACACUACACAGAACUGGAGACUCCAGUUCCAACACUGAUGCUGAAGAGAUCUCCCAACACUCUGGAUCCAAUCAGCUUCUACCAAAUCUUUGUGCUUCCUGUGGAGGAGCUUGUGGUGUUUGACUGCUCCUCUCCUGCCAGCCUCGACCCCUCAGGCAGAGUGGAUUCACCAGCUGAGUACCUGACCGCCCAGCUUGGUGUCCAGAGCCUCGGAGCAGAGGUCAACUUCACGGUGGGGGACGGAGUUCUCUACGGGGGCUUCUACAACGCGCCGCUGCAGAGUGGUAACAACUACUUCAUUGUCCUUCGGGUUGUCAGUCGGUGGAAAACAAUGUCGAGAAGUUGCUGCGUCCUUUGGGCUAAAGUAGCAGGUACAUCUUACAUCCUGAGGGUGUCAUCGCUGUGUGCUGCUGCCUCUGUAGCAGCGGUUGCCAUGGUUUUAUUAGUGGCAUACAGAUUGUCCUGGUAUGAGCGAGAUGUUACGCUUUUAUCAACGCUGUUUUUCACUGAAUCAACUUAGAAUAAAACGAGUAGAAUUAAAAAUAAAUUAGAAAAAGGCACCAAUACAUUUGAAGUGGCAGUAUUAUGUAAUAUUGACUGUUUUUUUUUAGCUUUACAUCAUGGUAUUUUAAUACUUCAUGAAAAACAUUCCUGGAGGUUUGCUUUGAUUCAUUCAUGGCAACCAGACGAAGAACAAGAAUUUUCCAUUUACGGUUUUUUGUUUUUGCAGAGUGUGUGUUUAGAGACUUAAACCUCUUAACUGGUGUCGGUGUUUGGAUGUGAAAAGUCUAGUCAUUUUCUGACUCUAAAUGGGAGAAGUUCUUAUAUUGAUUCAUCAUCUUGUAAAUAAAUAAAAAACAUUGGACUGAAAUCAACAUUUAUUGGGUAUAGUUGGAUAUUAACUGAAGAAAACCCUUAAAAUUUCUCCUCAAACAUUCCAGUUUGGUUAAAUGACUUAUCUUUUUUUUCUCAGAAUAAUUUUGCCAUAUAGAAAGAAUGCAGCUUUUAGUUCUAAUAAAAAAAAAUGAAUGUAUAGAAAAUGUAUUUAGGACUUACAUUUAUUC